CGCCGCCCGCUCGCAGAGAAGCACAGUAAUGACGCUGCUUACUUUCCUAUUUUUUUUCUUCUUCUUCUUCUUCUUCUUCCCAUCCUCCUCUGCUCUCUUCUCGCGAUAAGAGCCACGGAGCGCUUUGACAGGCAGCCGAGGUCGCAGCAGGCGGAGGGAGAGACGGUGGAAGGAAGGUAACGCAGGGAGGCAGCAUCAUGGCGGACAGAGACAGUGGCAGUGACCACGGAGGGCCCACCGCAGGCCCGUGCUCGCUGCCCGCCGGCGCCGCGUCGCGGCUGCAGCACGACACCGAGGAGCUCGCCUCCAAGCGGGUCGACAUCCAGAACAAGCGCUUCUACCUUGACGUCAAGCAGAACGUGAAAGGACGCUUCCUGAAGAUAGCCGAGGUCGGCGCGGGGGGAAACAAGAGCCGCCUCACGCUCUCCAUGUCGGUGGCCGUGGAGUUCCGCGAUUACCUCGGGGACUUUAUCGAACAUUACGCCCAGCUGGGCCCGAGCAACCCCGACAUGGUGCACGACGAGCCGCGGCGGGCGCUGAAGAGCGAGUUCUUGGUGCGGGAGAACCGGAAAUAUUACAUGGAUCUGAAGGAGAACCAGAGGGGGCGGUUCCUGAGGAUCCGGCAGACAGUCAACCGGGGGCCCGGGCUGGGGAGCUCGCAAGGCCAGACCAUCGCGCUGCCGGCGCAAGGGCUGAUCGAGUUCCGCGACGCCUUGGCGAAACUCAUCGACGACUACGGCGUGGACGAGGAACCCGCCGAGCUCCCGGAGGGCACCUCGCUCACCGUGGACAACAAGCGCUUCUUCUUCGACGUGGGCUCCAACAAGUACGGCGUGUUCAUGCGGGUCAGCGAGGUCAAGCCCACCUACCGGAACUCCAUCACGGUUCCCUGCAAAGUCUGGUCCAAAUUCGGCAACACCUUCUGCAAGUACGCGGAGGAGAUGCGGAAGAUCCAGGAGAGGAGUCGAGAGAAACGGGCCUCGGAACUGCUGCCUGAAGGCCCGCACGGCGCGGACGACGCCGACGAUGACUGACUUCUUUUGGGGGCAAAAGUUGAUAUCAAGAAAGAAGAUUUCGCCCCCCAUCACACACACACACACACACACACACACACACACACACACACACACACACACACACACACAAGGCACCUGGAUGUCACCCACGUUAUACUACCAUGUCACAGUAAAGCGCUGCUAUCCAGGACUGUCACAGUUAUCUACUUGAUUUCAGUACAAAAAAAAAAGCAGAAUGUUUUGCACAGCUAAUAUUAUAAAACCACAAAUCGGCACAAGAGAACAUGUAUUACAACCAAAAUUGCAGAUUCCAAUAUGAAAAGUGCGCUACAAGUGUUAUCCGAUGCAAAAAAAAAAACAAAAAAAAACCUGGCAUGCUUGUAGGCUCAUAUUGUGCACAGAAAUGUAAUUUGACCUUAAAAAAAAUGUGUGCUCUUACGCAGAUCACAUGCACAUCCAACAAAUGGGAUACAGUCCAUAUCUCUGCUUAUCAUAAGGACCCAUCUCCAUAGAAACGGGAAAAAAAAAAGUGCUAACUUAGAUGUACUAAUUAUGAUUUUGUGAAUCAGCUGUAAAAAGAUCCUUAUUAAGAUACCCAUGUUUUCUGUGGGGAGAAUUUGUGUUGUUUAGUUUUUUGGGUUUUUUUCCUUGUGGGAGCGUUACAAAUGCUAAAAGGUCCACUUGGGGGGAGUGCAAAGGCGUGAAAUUGAAUUAAAUUAUAUAUAUACAUAUAUAUAUUAAAAAAAGACACGCCUGCUCAGUGCAGGCAUCCUCUUACAUCAUUACAACCCGUGCCUUAUACACUCCACUCGUUUACGUGUCCUCACGUGGAUGGUCCGUGACCCUCGACCUCUGUCCACUUUCAUUUUACGAGUGCUAUGUUAGGCAGAAACAAACUCCACACUGACCAGGAUCCACACCCUCGUGGAUGUGAUGCAGUGACACCAAGAGGAAGCUAAACUGCUCGUGUGGCGGCCUAUUCUCCACUUGUUGCACACGUACAGGAUGUUAAAAUCAAAGUCGGCUCGGUUGAGACCUUUUUUCCAGUGCAUAGCGGCGACGAAACGAGGCGUCCUUUUCUACAUGAGCGCAGGGCCAAGGUGGUAAAUAUCUCUUUAUGGUGCUAUCGCUCCAAUGUUGCUCCUUUGCUCGCUUGUACGUCAUUUAUGCAUUCUAGUCCCUCUGACUCUCCUUCUCGUAUCCGUUGUGUUUGUUCGACAUCGUGUCGGGUUUCUCCCUCUCAGACGGAGGUGCAGACACCGACCACGUGGGGACAAGUCAUGUUAGUGUGCAAUAUUCCAUGUGUCACAUACAGUCGCGAUCAAAUGUUUACAUACACUUGUAAAGAACAUAAUAUCAUGGCUGUCUUGAGUUUCCAAUCAUUUCUACAACUCUUAUUUUUUUGUGAUAGA